GCGGUCGACCGACAGGUGUAGGAAUCAUCUUCGAUCUUACAUUCACAUACAUUUAUGAUAUUGUAUGAUACUCGCAGUAUCUUAAAAUAAAGCGGAUACAGGCAAUUAUAAGUGUGCCAAAAUGUCCAAUCUCACUCGCACUUUGCGUCCUUUCCUGAGGUGCGUCCGCAGUCAGAGAAGAACCUAUGCAGACGCUGCAGCCGAUAAUCAAAUGAAAUUUACAUUUGCUGGUGCUAAUCAAGUAUUUUAUGAUCAAGCUGUAAUUCGACAAGUCGAUGUACCCUCCUUCUCAGGUUCCUUUGGUAUUCUACCAAAACAUGUGCCUACACUAGCAGUCUUGAAGCCUGGUGUAGUUACAGUUUAUGAACAGGAUGGUUCGUCCAAGAAGAUUUUUGUUUCUUCUGGUACGAUUACCAUUAAUGAAGAUAGCAGUGUACAGAUUCUAGCAGAGGAAGCCCAUCCAGUAGAAAACCUUGAUAAUUCGGCAGCAAGAGAUGUUCUCAGUAAAGCUCAGCAACAGCUUUCUUCAGCAACGUCAGAUGUAGAUAAGGCUGAAGCAGGUAUUGCAGUUGAAGUCGCAGAAGCACUUGUGCAAGCUACACAAUAAAUGUUAUAAUGUGAAAUUAUACACACACACACACACACAUAUAUAUAUAUAUAUAUAUAUAUAUAUACUUCAACACACCAUCAGUUAGAAAAAGGCAUGUG